AGGUAUGAGAGGGUAACGGAGGCCGGCCUGCCCCGCCCCCGUUCUCUGCGCGGAGCUUUCCCUCUGCGCCGGGUCGGUUCAGCUUCCCUUUCCGGGCGGGCAGGCGGCGGGCGCUGGUGUUUGUUUCUUCCCCUACGCAGUGUCGCCUUCUGGAGCUUCCCAUGGCGGGCGCGGCAGCUCGGAGGAGCCGGGCCGCCCUGCGGCUCUGCGCCACAGUUGUUUUACUUGAUGUGGCCCUCUGUAAAGGAUUUGUAGAAGAUUUAGAUGAAUCGUUUAAAGACAAUCGAAAAGAUGACAUUUGGCUUGUAGAUUUUUAUGCACCGUGGUGUGGCCAUUGUAAAAAACUGGAGCCAAUUUGGAAUGAAGUUGGUCUUGAGAUGAAAAGCAUUGGUUCUCCAGUUAAAGUUGGAAAAAUGGAUGCUACUUCCUAUUCUAGCAUUGCUUCAGAGUUUGGAGUUCGAGGUUAUCCAACAAUUAAGCUAUUAAAAGGGGACUUGGCAUAUAAUUAUAGAGGACCACGAACCAAAGAUGAUAUUAUUGAGUUUGCUCACAGAGUAUCUGGGGCUCUAAUUCGGCCACUUCCAAGUCAACAAAUGUUUGAACAUGUGCAGAAGAGACAUCAUGUAUUUUUCGUUUAUAUAGGUGGAGAAUCACCUUUGAAAGAGAAAUACAUAGAUGCUGCUUCAGAACUGAUUGUGUAUACAUACUUUUUUUCUGCCUCAGAAGAAGUAGUUCCUGAGUAUGUGAAACUAAAAGAGAUGCCUGCUGUACUUGUUUUCAAAGAUGAAACGUACUUUGUUUAUGAUGAGUAUGAAGAUGGUGAUCUGUCAUCAUGGAUCAACAGAGAGAGGUUUCAGAGUUAUCUCACUAUGGAUGGCUUCCUCUUGUAUGAACUUGGAGACACAGGAAAGCUUGUGGCUAUUGCAGUUAUUGAUGAGAAAAAUACAUCAGUUGAACAUACCAGAUUAAAGUCAAUUAUUCAGGAAGUUGCUAGAGAUUAUAGAGACCAUUUCCAUAGGGAUUUUCAGUUUGGCCAUAUGGAUGGAAAUGACUAUAUAAAUACCUUGCUGAUGGAUGACUUGACAAUCCCAACUGUAGUUGUACUGAAUACUUCAAACCAACAAUAUUUUUUGCUAGAUAGACAGAUUAAGAAUGCCGAAGACAUGGUCCAAUUCAUUAACAACAUUUUGGAUGGCACAGUAGAAGCCCAAGGAGGUGAUAGCAUUUUGCAGAGAUUGAAAAGAAUAGUAUUUGAUGCCAAAUCUACGAUUGUGUCUGUUUUCAAGAGCUCACCACUUAUGGGCUGUUUUCUCUUUGGCCUGCCACUGGGUGUCAUCAGUAUCAUGUGCUAUGGAAUCUACACAGCUGACACAGAUGGUGGUUAUAUAGAAGAACGAUAUGAAGUGUCUAAAAGUGAAAUUGAAAGCCAAGAACAGAUAGAAGAGAGCAAAGAACAACAGGGGCCCAGCAGUGGAGGAUCUCUAGUGCCUACAGUACAAGAGCCCAAGGAUGUAUUAGAAAAGAAGAAAGAUUGAGACUUUUACCACUAUAAAAUAUUUGAUAGGAUUUCAAAUUAUUGAAGAGUCUAUUUAUUGGAUUUAGACAUUUAAUCAUGAUCUUUACAGAAGAGAACAUGUUAUUUGUAUUUUGCUAAUAUCAACUGCAUGGAUUAAAAUAGUCCUUCCAUAAAUGGGGAGAUGUUUGGAGCAAAAAGAUGAAUGGUUUGUCUGAAACAAACACAAAGCAUUCCAUCAGAGCUUACCUUAGAGAUGUUAUAACAGAUCAGUUCUAUUUGCAUGUUUCUCUAUCUGAAUAUUCUGUGAGAAAGUUAAGAUUCUUUGGCAGAAUAUUUUAAUUGGCCAGUCAGGUAGAAGAUACAUGUUUGAUAUAGAAAAAUAAUACCUCCACCUCCUACCAACCAUUCUCCUCAUAUAUUUUGGACAAGAUUUAUAUGGACAAAAUUAGGUCUUUAAAAUUAGGCACUUUAAAGAGACCUAAUAACUUUUUCCAUGUAUCAAAUUAAGAUUGUGAGGUUAAAAAUAAUGUGGUUUUAUAUAGCAUAAUGGUUUUAUUUUGUUAUUAUUUUUAAAGGGGAGGAAAUGUUACUUUUUAACUUUAUACUCAGUUGCAUUAUUAUAAAAUUUUUGUAUGAGCCUGUAGUCUUGUCUUUGAAAAAGUAGUCUUGUGAUUGACCUUUGCAAAAUAAACAGGAUUUACUGGGAGCAGUAGUUUCAGCCCAUGCCCUGGAAUACUCUUAAUAGGUGUCUCAUGGUUAUUGUAGAAAGAGAAGGUUCUUUGUUAAUUCUACCCUGCAUUAGCUAGAACAGCCUAGUAUUUUUGUUUUGUUUUAUUUCUAUUUUAUAUAUUGACAUUUCUUCUAAAAUUUUCUUUGAUAAAAGCUGCUUUUUGAAAAGUAGUAUAUCAUAUAUUUGUUUAUGGUAUGCAAACUUGAUAACUUACAGUUCAAAAUAUACGUAUGUAUGCAGACACAAAAUUUAUUGACACAUCUAUAUAUAAUAUUGCGGGUGUGUCUGUGUUCAUAAAUGAGUGAUGAGUGACAUAAUCAGCAUGUCCAAUGACAAAACUUACAGCCAAUGAAGAGAUUGGUCUGUAACCUCCAUUCUCUCAAUUCUGUCACCCAUUUCAGUGAGUGACUUUUCAUAUUCUGUCUAUAGUGAAAUAAUAUAGGAAUUCUAUCCCAGGUAAUGUCUAAAAAUUUUGGGUUUUUUGAUAACAGUUUGGUUUGUUUAUUCUAAAUUAGUUAUUUCUGAGGCCUUUAUUUUAGCUAAGUUUAGAAUUUUUAUUAGGUAGCUAUUUGAGUAGUUAUUCAUUGAGUAAUUUAGUUUUCCAUUACAAAAGAUUCUAUUGGACAUUUAAGCAUGUUUAAUCAUUUUAAAGUAUUUAAUCCAUGGUCCUGACACAGGUCACCAGAUUGCUUCUGAUGCCAUAUUGAUCAGGACUAAGUGGAAUUACUAGCAAUUGUUUUGUUGUAUCCAUGUGUUCUUUUACUAGUUAAUAAUUAAAUUCCUAUCCUUUAUGUUUGACUCUCCAUUAUUAUUUUGUUAAUAAUGAAACAAAUACUCCAUCAGGGAAUUUCAGGAAAUACUAGAAUGAAAUGUUCUUAAGUGGAAACUGGAGAUAAAUGCUGUUAAAUUAACAAGUAGAUUCUUCUGCACAGAAUAAUGAGAGAUUCUUUUGGGGGGAUAAAUAUUAAUGUUUCCAAUGUUCCCAAGCUUCAGUGGUGAAGCUUGUUUUGCAGUAGUGAAAAGCGUAGGUAUGUACAGAUGCCUAACUGGAGACAGUCCAUCAAGGAAGUGAAAACUUAGCAGUUGGUGACAUGAAGAAAUAGGUAUAGAAAAUGUCAUAUUGAUUUUUUUUCUUCAUGUUUAUCACUAUCAAAUGUUAGUCUUCUGCAUAUUUUUAUCUUGUUGAUCAUCACCUGUAAAUAAAAAAGACCUCAAUAGGGAAAAAAAAAAAAAGGAUAGCUCAAUGUCUACCAGCAAACAAAAAUCCAGUGAUCUUCCUUUGUAUUGUGUGAUAUCCUUUAUAAAUGAAUGCCUUAGUUCUCUGUUACCCUUUCACAGCUUUGUACUAUUGCUUCAUAUUCUGUUUGUGCUUUUAAGGUAUGUGUGUUGGGAAAAGAAAAUGUGUGGUUUAUAAGUGAAUUAAUUUUAUUUCUUUUUAUAUUAGAAUUUUACUUUUGUCUUUAUUUUGGGAGAUUUUUAUUUACAGUGUAAGACUGCUCACAAAACGAAUUUUAAAAUUUGUUCUCUCGUAUGCUUUUCCCUUCAAUGUGAUAUCAGCUUACUAUGAACAUUAUUUUCAUUUCAGGAAAAAAUACUUCAAAAUAAAGGCAGAUCUUUUAAUAAUUGCAUCUAGUAGAAGAACAUAGAUAUCAUUCUAAUUCAGUGAUGAGUCUUAUGAUCACAUAUUCAUAAUGAGGUCCUUCAGUAAGUUGAAGUUUUGCCUUCUCUUUCAGUUACAAGGAAGUUCUAUUUCUAACUUGUAAAAUUCGAAAUUCUACAUCUUUGCUGUUGCUGAAUCUGGUGCUCAGACAAUAUUUAAGGAUAUUUCAAAAAGACAAAGUGCAUGUUUUUAUCAAGUAACCUAUGCUCUCCAUUAGCUUGCAGUUCUUUUUUUUUUUUUAAUUUCAUUGUGUGCAUCAAUAUUUUCCUAGCUACUAUUAUCUGAAGCUUGUUUGAGGUACCUUAGGUCUAUAAUUUUCAUUUUCUUCCUCACACAUACUGCUUCCUGUAUCUGGUUUAGAAAUAACGUUAAGAUGCCAAAUGUCCAGGGCUUGGAGGGUCUUAUAUGUGUAGUUAAAACAAUUAGCUGUAUUUUUUAUUUACUAGAUUUUGUUAAUGAUGUUUCUUGUUUUUUGCUUUGGUGCCUUGUUAGUUUUGGUUUUGCAAAAUAAUUUAAAUAUUAUUAUCAUUGCUUGAUAUGACAUUGGGGGCAGGACAGGGAAAAAAAUCACUCAGCCAUUCUUAUGCAGAAAUUGUUCAAAUAAAUCAGUGUGGUGACUAUCAGUUGGUGAGAUUAGGUUUGCUGUUUUAUUUUUAUAAAUCUAUAUUUUUUCUGAAUGUGUUUGAGUCCAAGAGUGGGCAAAAAAUAAUUUUCUACUUUGGACUAAUCUAUAGAGGUUUUUGAAAGUCUGUAUUACUAACUUGCUGAAUUUCUGAUAUCCUGCCUUACGGCUGUAAACCAUUGUUUUUCUAAAAUAAAGUAAUUGAAAACCUCUAA